UCUGCUUAUAACGUGGGAACUGUCAAACCGCAUCCAAAAUUUGUGUUGCUGAAAGUAAAUUGCAUAGCAUUUGUUCCUAGGCUCAAUUAAAUACUAACUAAAAUCAUGAAAAUACGGCCGCAGAAACACGUUCGUCUCGGAUUCUCUGGAAAACCAAAGCUAGUGCGUAAAUCCAAUCAACCGAAAACUAGGAAGGAAAUACGCAAAGACAAGAGACAACAGAAGAAAAUCAACCGGUUCAACUACCAUAGUCGAAAGCGGAAGGAUCGCUACGAACACGUUGACGAACCGAUGAGUAAACAGAAGCGUGAUACCGACAGUGAAGAUGAGGUCGAUAAUGCCGACGAUGAAGAAAUUGAAUCCGAUUUUGAGGAAGAUGUCUAUCACGAAAGUAAAUCAAUAGUCAAAAAUGACGUUAAACAGGAUAUAGUUAUGAGUCAGUUGGAGAAGGAACGACAAAAUGAGUUACGAGAAUUGAAAAGUUACGAACAUGGAUUGAAAGAAAAACGAAUCGCACAGCUGCAGGCUGCAAACGACGAAGAUGAUAUGAUCAUAAAAAAGUACGAAAAGCUACUGAAAAUCAAUCGGCGAAAAAACAAGGAUGGUGUACCAAAGAGCUUCAACGAUGGCUUAGAUUACGCUUUAGAAUUGUGUACCGAGGAUAAUGUACGGAAAAUGUACGAGGCGGCUAAAGAAGCAGAAAGUUUAGAGCACAAUUCAGAGGACGAUUUUGCUGAUGAUGUAGUGGAAGUAUUGGGAAUAAGAAAAAAGUGCACGAAGAAUAUUAUGGAUGCACAAAAUGAUAAUAAGUUCCCAAAAGAAAAAGUGGCCAGAAGAAUGGAAAAUUUGAAAGAGAUCGAAAAAAAGUAUUUUGGAGAUGAAGAUUUGGAUAGUCUGGAUGGAUUCGAUUCUGAACUUGAAGUUGAUCUGAACGAGGAGAGUGAUUAUUCGGAGAACGACGAGUUGUUCGAUUCCGAUGAGGAAGGUUGUGACUUGAAUUCAAGCAACAAAAAAUUGAAAUCCCCUUCCAAGAAUGUGAAGAGAAAUGCUAAACAGGUGAAUUUUACGGAAGAAAAACCAAAGCAGAUCGAACUAAGAAAAAAAACUGAUCCAGAACAGGAUUCCGAGAUUGAUGAAAAAGUUUUUGGUAACUCUGACUGCGACGAUUUAGAAAGUACCUCAAACAAAAACAGCUCAGCGAUGAAGAUAAACUGCCAGUUAGUAAAAGAAUCAGACACAUGGGAAGAUAUAUAUGGUCGGAAACGGGAUAGAGACGGGAACGUUAUAAAUGUUGAUUCUAGUAACAACAAAUACGUGCCACCGCACUUGAGAGCACGCUUGGGAACUAAUCAACCGAAAGAUGCAAAGUAUCAGGAAAAACUUCUCCGAUUAGAACGGCAACUUAAGGGUCAGGUUAAUCGGUUAGCAGAGUCUAAUGUUCAUAGAAUUUCUAUUGAAUUAGAAAAUUUAUAUAUGCAACACUCGCGAUUUGAUAUGAACAGUACCUUGACGAAUCUGAUCAUUGGAGCAAUAGUAUCCCCGUCUCUAUCUUCUGAGAAAAUGGUUCUCGAACAUACUCUAUUAAUUACUAUUUUACAUGCCAAUGUUGGUUCUGAAGUCGGGUCCCACUUUUUGGAAGUUGUUGUGGAACGUUUCAACAAAAUCGUGCAGCAAAUCGAAACUCUUAAAGUUGAGGAUAAAACAUUAGAUAAUUUUCUACUAGUCUUGUGUCAUUUAUACACCUUCCAAAUUUUUAAAAGCAAGUUAAUCUAUGACAUUGUUGAUAGACUGCUGACUACCCUCAAUGAAAAAGCGGUUGAAUGUAUUUUACUGAUGCUACGAUCGAUUGGAUUUGUUCUGCGCAAGAAUGAUCCUUUAGCAUUGAAAGAAAUGAUACAAAAAGUUCAGAAAAGAGUAUUGGAAACAUCAGAAGAUAUGAAAAAUGACGCACGUGUGAAGUUUAUGAUAAAUAUUCUAUUAGCAGUGAAGAAUAAUAAUAUGAAUAAAAUUCCUCAAUAUGAUCCCGGCCUCGCGGAACAUUUUCGCAAAAUUUUGAAAGGUAUGAUCACUAACGGAAAAUAUGUGAGCACCUUAAAUAUAGGCCUGGACGACCUAUUGAAGGUGGAUGAACGAGGCAAGUGGUGGCUAGUUGGCUCAGCUUGGAACGGAAGUGAUGAUAGUCAUGGAAAAUCUAACCAGAAUUCGUUUUCUACUGGAGUAACUUUCAGUCAGCAACUGCAGGAGCUUGCUCGAAAGCAGCGAAUGAAUACGGAUGAUAAGAGGAAUGUGUUCUGCGUAAUAAUGAGUGCCGAAGAUUAUCUAGAUGCAUUCGACAAGAUACUUCGUCUGGCUAUCAAAGAUCAGCGGAUAGUAGUAACCGUAAUAGUACACUGUUGUUUGUCUGAGAAAGAUUAUAAUCCCUAUUAUGGCGUAUUGUCGCAGAAAUUUAGCGAGUAUGAUCGUCGCUAUCAGUUGGCCAUGCAGUACAUCAUAUGGGAUCGGUUGAUGGAUAUCAAUUCGUUGAAACAGGCAUCUAUAAAGCAUUUAGCUAAGUUGCUGAUACAUUUGAUCAGCGAAGGAGGAUUACCUCUUUCCGUACUGAAGGUCAUCGAGUUUGCGGAAAUUGACAAAACGACACUUCGGUUGGUGAGACAGAUCAUGCUAGGAAUCCUGCUGAUGGAUGAUGAAAAUAAAUGCCUGCAGGUUUUCAAUAGAAUCGCACCCAGUUACAAACUGAAGGCAUUCAAAGAUAGUUUACGAUUAUUUCUGCAUCAUUUUUUGUUGAAAGGGAGUGAUAAAAGCAACGUCGCGCGAGAGGAGAUGCAGUUGUUGCAGCAAAGAAUUUCGAUGGCUGGUCGAAUGUUAGAUACUUCGGAUAUGAAAAUAAAAUUUUGAGUAUAACCUCAAUAUGUUGAAUGAUUCGAA